AUGACUAAAGCCAUUCCGCCGGACUGCUUCAUCAGCGGCACUGGCUGGGAUGAUCUCGCGAUACGGGAUAACACGGACGGAAGAGUGCUGAUUGCCCCGGAAGCUGAUGCCCGUCCAGCUGUCAUACGAGCUAAUCGCAAUGCCCUGCGAGCCUGGAUGGCUGACUGUGGGGACGAAAAACUUGAUGUGAGAUAG